AUGGAGAAGAAGGAGAAGAAAAUCGACGAAUCAAAGCCGCCAUUGAUGGCGUUAAACCAUGUAUCAAGACUCUGCAGAGACGUCAAGAAGUCUCUCGAGUUCUACACGAAAGUGUUAGGGUUCGUGGAGACAGAGCGUCCCGCGUCGCUCGACUUCGAGGGAGCGUGGCUAUUCAACUACGGUGUUGGGAUCCAUUUGGUGCAGGCUAAAGACGAAGAGAAGCUACCUUCAAACACUGACCAUUUGGACCCGAUGGAUAACCACAUCUCGUUCCAGUGCGAAGACAUGGAAGCUUUGAUAAAGAGGCUCAAGGAAGUGAAUGUUAAGUACAUCAAGAGGACGGUCGGUGAGAAGGAAGACGCAGCUAUCGACCAGCUCUUUUUUAAUGACCCGGAUGGUUUCAUGGUCGAGAUUUGUAACUGCGAGAAUCUUGAGCUUAAACCGCGUGAUUCAGCUGAUGCUAUACGUCUCCCUGGAGAUAGACACGCGCCUCCUGUUUCUCUCCCUGGCUCGUCCGACCAUGAAGAUGAUACUAGGCGCCCUCAGGCCAAUUCUUAA